AUGGUCUCACUUGCCAAUAUAGCUCAGUCUUUAUCAGGGUUUCAUAUUUAUUUUUCCAGAGGCCUUGCUUUUCACCGAGGAUAUCGCCUUUCUCCAAGGGUUACGUCUUUUGCCAAAAGUUUUCGCCAAAGUUUUGUCUUUCGUUUUUCACCAGCUUUAGGUUUUGUCUUUAGUCCCUUAAGUAAAAUAGGGUUGCCUAAUGAAAACCUGACACCAUGCUUUCCACUUGAUGGUAAACAAAUUAGACCAAUUCAAGAGCCAUAUGAAUUUUAUGAUCAGCUCAAGACACAAAUUCUUGCUGCAAAAGAACGCAUAUUUUUAUCUGCUUUGUAUAUUGGUUCUGAAGAGAAGGAAUUGGAUCAAAGUCCUGCAGAUCUUCUUGCACCACUAGUCAAGGAAUUUCCUGAUCAAGUAACUAUAUCAUUAUAUCAUACACCUGAUCUAAAAGGAAUUUUAAAAAUAUUUCUUCCUUCAAGAUUUAAUGAAGGAAUAGGAUUGAUGCAUAUUAAAGUAUAUGGAUUUGAUAAUAAUCUUAUUUUAAGCGGAGCCAAUUUAAGUCAUGAUUAUUUUAAUAAUAGACAAGACCGUUAUAUGCUAUUUACAAAUAUAUCAAAUCUUGCUAAUUAUUUUGAUGAUCUUAUAAAGACAAUAGCAACUUUUUCAUAUACAUUAAAACCUGAUAAAAAUUCUUUUAAGUUAGUUUUAUCAAAUAUACCAGAUCCAUCAUCUCAAAGUAGACAGUUUAAGAAACAUGCAUCUUUUAUUAUGAAAUGUUUUAUUGAAAAGUGGAUAAAAAAAGGAGAUAUACAAGAACAUCAAUUAGAUCAAUUUGAUACAAUAAUCUUUCCUGUUAUACAAAUGGCUUCUUUGGAUAUUAGACAAGAUGAAAAUGCUACUCUUUAUAUCUUAGAUACAAUUGCAAAGAAUGAGAAUUGGAAAAUGUUUUUUACAUCUGGGCAAAUGGAUUUUAUUAUUCAAAAGGAAUUUCCAAAGGAGUAUAAACGAUCAAAUUGGACUUUUCAUGCAAAAGGUUUAUGGUGUUAUAUGAAUGGACAAAAAUGGCCAAGUUUAACAAUAAUUGGUUCAUCAAAUUAUGGGUAUCGAUCGACAAAGCGUGAUUUAGAAGCUCAAGUAAUAUUGAUAACUACAAAUGAUUUUUUAAAAAAAGCUAUGCAUGAUGAAUUAAACCAUUUACGCAAGAAUACUGCAAUGGUUACAAAUGAAACAUUUGCACAAGUUGAUAGAAAA